GCGCUUGCCCCCUCCCAGCCCCGAAGCCUAGAGCGGAGGGGCUGCACCACUGCGAGGGCAUCGUCCGUGCCUUGCCUUGCUUUGCAGAGCAUUGCAUUGCAUUGCAUUGCAUUGCGUGGCUGCUCACAAAAUUUCUCCCUCCCCCUCCCCCUUCCCCCCAUCUCUGCUUCUUUGGCAGUGGACAGUGGAGCAGCCUUCGGGCGGAUUUAUUUCUGCUGCAUGACUACUCUGGGAAAACAUUUCCUUGAGAAACCUCUGCUCUGGAGCCUUCUCCUGACUGAUGCUCUUCCUCUUCCUUUCCCUCGAAGCUCAGUACAGAGACGACGUGGAUAGGUCCUUGACUGGACCUGGGCUGGUGUCACAAUGGCAGAGAAAGUGAACAAUUUCCCUCCCCUGCCCAAGUUCAUCCCACUGAAGCCAUGUUUCUAUCAGGACUUCGAGGCCGAGAUUCCCCCUCAACACCUCACCAUGACCAAGCGCCUCUAUUAUCUCUGGAUGUUAAACAGCAUCACAUUGGCCAUGAACCUGGUGGGCUGCUUGGCGUGGCUGAUUGGAGGCGGUGGAGCUGUUAACUUUGGACUGGCCUUUCUCUGGUUCAUUCUCUUUACCCCCUGCUCCUAUGUCUGCUGGUUUCGGCCCAUUUACAAAGCCUUCAAAUCCGAUAGCUCUUUUAACUUCAUGGCCUUCUUCUUCACCUUCUUGGCUCAACUGGUCAUCAGCAUCAUCCAGUCUGUGGGGAUUCCUGGCUGGGGAGUCUGUGGCUGGAUCGCAACCAUCACCUUCUUUGGGACCAACGUGGGAGCCGCAGUGGUGAUGCUUAUCCCUACCAUCAUGUUCUCACUCAUGGCUGUCUUUUCCUUCAUCGCCCUCAGCAUGGUUCAUAAAUUCUACCGGGGCAGUGGUGGGAGUAUAAGUAAAGCCCAAGAGGAGUGGACUACCGGGGCUUGGAAGAACCCACAUGUUCAGCAGGCAGCCCAGAAUGCCGCCAUGGGGGCUGCCCAGGGAGCUGUGAGCCAACAUCAGAACCCAUACUCUGCCACCCCCAAUUACACUUAUUCCAAUGAGAUGUGAGCAGGAGACUGGCAGGGCAGGGAAGGGGGGAGGAGCUGGUCUAAAGCUGCCUGUGUCCACCUUGGUGAUCGAGUUGGGGUUGCCCUUUCCUUUCCUUUCUUUCCCUACCUUUCUACUUGGUAAAAAGGAACAGAAUACAUAUGUGUCUAUUUCCCCUCCCACCGUCCCAAUUCCGGUUUCCCUUUGUGGCAUCUGCAGAAGCUGUGGGUCCAGGUGGCGCAUGGUACCUGUGUGUCUGUGUUUCAUCGUGAUCUAGUGUACAGUGGAGACGCCCAUGGUCGUGGUGCUAAGUAUGUUUUAGAACCAAGCCAGUUCCCAGGGCCACGGCAUUAUGGUUCCCCGCCCCCACCCCCAGCCCCAACCUCAUCUCCGACUAGAUGUUACAGCUAAGGGCAUCCUCCCUGCCUGAUGCUGGAGCUAGACAAGGGCUGCCCAUUCUAGGCCAGCUCGGGAUUUCGUUCCCAAUGGCUUCCUGCGUAGCCUGCUCUCUUUCUCUUGGAGCUGUCAAUUGGGGGUGUGGGUAGGGAAGGAGGUUCAGACUUUUGAGACAUCUCCUCUUUACCACCCCCUAGCUCUCCCUCACUGCCAUGGUGUUGCGAGCUAGGGAUGGUUUCCUCAGUGUGUUAGAAAACGACAGUAUUAGUGUAUGAUUGCUGCUCUGCAGGGCUGAGUUAACUAUCCCACCCACCCAUGCCCUCCCCCCUUUUCCUUCAACUUAGCCUCUCUCUCUUCCUCUCUCUGAUUUUAUAUUUUGUUGCUUCUUCCUCUCCCUUGGGCUCACCCCAUUUCCUCCUUCCCAGUGCCCAAUGUGUAUUUUUCCCUUAAUCUUCCUGGAACCCUAGUGUUUUGCAGCUUGAGUCUGAGUAGUAGGAAAUUUCCUAAGUCAGAUGGUUCACUGCCUUUAUCCAGGGCUGAAAUGAGUGAUAUCUCUCCCUUUUCACUGGUCUCUUGCCUGGUGCUCUCAAGCUAGAGGGAGCUGAGAUGCCCCCAUCCCAACCAGGGCUCUGCUGGCCAGGUGUGGGCAUGAAUGGUGGGGGGGGGGCCAUGGUCAGAAAGUGGAUCUUUGGGACUCCUUAAUGGCUUUGUGUCAUGCCAGCUGCUGGAAGGAGGGAGAAUUGGUAGUCUUGGGGGUCACCUGACUAGCGGUACAUGCCAAAUCUAGAAAAGUCCCCAUGAUGUUGAGAUCUCAGCCUGUGAUGACAGAGGGAAGAGGCUGGACUUACACCGGCCCAGUUUUUCAGACCUCCAUCAGAACAGAGCAGUGGCUUUCCCUGUCCCUCCGACUCUCUCCCUCCUCUCUUUCUUGGCCCUCUUCCUUCUCCUCCCCACAACUUAACCUCCCUGCCCCCACCAGUGACUCUGAGACUUGAUACCUUUAAUGAGGCUGCUCUUUAGCCUUCUGAGAUCCUAUCCGUGCCAAAGGCUUCCUUAUCUCUACCUACCCAUGGUUGCUCAACCCUUCCUGUUCCUUCUUGAUGCUCAGUGGCAUUUGCAGGUUACAAAGGGGCAAAACAACUUCCUUUAAAGGGCCAACAUUCAAUCAUUCCUUGGCAGUUGAUACAAUCAUCAUCCGGGACUAACAGGUCAAAGUGCAGCUUGAGGUGAGAGUGCUGUUGUCCACCCUCAUAUACCUGGAAUGAUCGGGGGCCCUUCUCCAGGCAGGCCAAACAGUUAUAGGCAUCUAGCAGUUGCUGGGGACAUGAAAAAGAGACGAUCUGUUCUGACUUGGUAGCUGUGUGUCCUGACAGCUCCAUUGAGGAGUCUGUGGGCCAAGGACAAAGUGAUGGGGCUUUGCCCUUGGCCUUGAAUGUCUGCCCUGCAAUAGGAAAGAAGGUCUCUGCUCUUUGGGUGUCCUCAACCCUUGACCCCAAAUGGAAGUGAGGCAGAAAGCAUUGGGUUGUUUGGUUCAUCAGAAAGCUUCCAAUCAUGCUAGGUUGGACUUCUUUCAUGCGUUCUGUGUGGCCAGAGAUCUCCUUUGGGGACUCUCACCCACUGUGUCCCCAGACACAGUCACAGUCAGUCUGAUGGAGAGAGAUGGUACCAGUGUGGGGAAGCGCUGGUCUAAUUGGGGAGACACAAUUUCUACCCUCAACCACUCCCUGCUUCAAGUCUGACGGGGAAGAAAUAAGCUCUGUUUUCAACUUGUCUGCUGAGAUCUCUGUUUUUUUGGGGAGUUCUUAGCCUGAUGACAGAGACAGGAUUCAGAACAUUGACUGUGGACUCAACCAAACAAAUAUGUAAAAGACACAUGUGACCAACCUCAGAUGUAAGCACUACGGAAAAAAAAGGAUUUCCAGCAGGAGAGUUCUCUAGACUUUGGGUCCUUCAAAAUCAAGGAAACUUUGGCCACUGUACAUCUUACCAGCUGAGGACCUGAGUGUCUGCAGGUGAGGCCCGUUCUAAGCCUCACUGUCUUUGGGGUCAUCCUCAUCUCAACCAUCACUUGGAGAGAAUUGUAUGGGGCUAACAACCCUUCCCCCCCCCCCAUCACACAGAAGUUCCUUACCAUCUCCACCUCAGCUUUGAUGUUUGGCCCCUUGCUCAGCACAAAGGCCAGAAUUUGGUCCUUGUGUUUGGCAAAAAAGAAGUUUGCAGGCUAUGGACCAUUUCCUUUAGGGUCAGGCAGCAAUAGUUCUCCACCCACUGCCCCAUCCUUGAUGUCUCUUCACUUGCUUUAUACACUGAAUUCUGUAUUGUGAGUAUCCGUCUUCUUUGGGAAGGGCACAGGAAAAAACCCACACCAUUCUGAAUUCAAUUCUGUAUAUGAUAUUAAAAGGAAAUACUUCAUCCAGUGGUGAUAUCACCAUUUGUACCAACCCGCUCAGUCUGAUGCUUCUGGUGUUUGAUCCCCUCUUCUGCUGCUUGUCUGUCAAUAGAGACCAGAUAGAGGCUUUGGGCAGACUAGCCAUCCGCCAUCAUGGGGCCUCACGUAGCCCGGGUUGAUAACCUCCCAGAUACUCUGGGUCUUUUGUCUAGCUGUUUAUGGGAUCUCUUGACAUCUGAGAGCCCUUUCUGGCAGUGACUCUCUUGUCACUACUGUCCGAUUUAUCAAGCCUCUGGGGCUCUGGGCUCCUGUCUUGCCAUGGAUCAACACAGGCAAAUUCAAGAACCUUUUGGAGUCCCCUUUGGCUUCCCUACACUUAGGGAGCCAGUGAUCUCUUGUAAGAACAAGCUGCAUGGGAAGACUUUGUUGACACUGGUUCUCAAGUCUGGGUCUGUAGAUAUCUAAUUCCCCCUUCCUGUUAUUGCUUCUUUCCAUAGGACAAUAAGAUAGUAAUUUAGAAAACCAAGGGGACUGGGUUGGAGAGUCACGGACUCCUCGAAUGUUAAAACUGAAAGGGGGCUUAGAGAUCAGCUAAUCCAACCCAUUGCAUUUCAUAGGUGGGGAAACUGAGGCUCAGAGAGAGGAAGUCAUUCACUCAAGGUCACAUAGCUAGUGAGUAGCCAGAUCAGGACCCAAGCCCAGCAUUUCUGGGCUUUAGUCUUGUGCUUGCUUCUCUGGAUCUUGGUUUCUCUUCCCGUGAGACCAGACAAAUUCUCAUUCCUCUGCCCCAUAGCAGAAAGGGACUAUAGGGUAAACAGGGUAAGUUGUCCUUUGCUUCUUCUCCUGUGUCCCCAGCCCCAGAUUCCUGGUGCUGUUGGUUCUUUUUAGAAAACUUGUGACUUGCUUUCUGUGUGAUCACCUCAGAAGAUCUCCACAAUGCAGCAUGAGGUCAUUUUCCCUCAAGCCUGCUUCCUGGGGGGGUUUGCGAUUUCACUGGGACUUUUACCUAAGAUUCUGUUUGCCAUAUUCACUUUGCAUCUCUUCCCAGAGUCCUCUCUGCUCAGACCUGCUGGAGACCACAGGCCAAGCAGUGAUUUUUAGACUAACAAACAGGCGGGCUACAGAGUCUUUAGCUAGAGCCCCAGUCCAGUGUGUCCAGGGCCCAGUCCAUUGGGUGCUACCCUAGUUUACCCUUCCUGGGAGUGGGACCUCUGGUUCUGGGUAUCUAUGCAUUUCUCUGCCCUAUCCCAGAGAAGGGUUGGGAGGGCUUGAAUUCUCUCCCUUCUUAAUGGCUUCUCUGAGAGGCAGGUGGUCCUUUACUUCCUACACUCUGAACUAAUCGAAGUAAGAGGUAGGUGCUUAUUAUUUGGCUCAGGCAAAUGGAAAGGAGCCUGGAGAAGACACCAGUGCAGGCCUAGAGCAGGGGUCAGUGGGGGGUGGGGGGAGGAGGGGAGGGAGUGUUCUCUGGUCCCUUGUCAGUGCUCCUGGCCAUCAGGAGAAUAACCGAAUUUUCUUUUUGUCCUGACACCCUCCAUUGGACAGAAGGUAUUUUUAUGUUACUCACUGGGGGGGUGGCCACAUUCCCUGUGCCAGUUCCCACUUUGAGCCAUUCUGUAUUUGUCCCUGGUAACUGAGUGUCGACUCUGUAGACUUAUUAACAAUAAACAAGAAUCAUCUGGCA